UUGUUGCUAUGACAACUUCAAGUCAUUGUUGAUUGUUAUCAUGUGUUUUGCACACACAUUCCAAAGGACUAGGAAGCGCAGUGGUGACAAAUCUGAAACAAAGUUUUUAACUUACUGACAGAGAACAUGAUGGAGGUUGAAAACAAAAUCCAGACACAGAAGACUGGAACAGAGUUCUUGGCUGCGUCACACUUCAGCAUCAGUAAUGACAGCAGAUGGGGUCCCAGACAUGAUCCUGAAGCUCACAAAAGCAUUUUUAAGAUCGAUUACCCACCUUUACCAUUGACCAAAAGAGGCCGCAUACCAUCACCCCCUCCAGCUGGGAUUAUGCACAAAGAUGACCGAUAUGCAGACACUAUUUCCAUGACCAAAAGCCACUUUGUGAAAAAGCCUUUGUCCAAAAGAGUUAAAGAGGACUUUGCGUCAUAUGCCUUAAGAAAAACUAAUUUUAAAGGAGACUCAGAUUCCAAGCUCAAUUCAUUCCAGACAACACAUAAAGAGUACUUCCCUGUCAGACCACUACAAGAGGCAAAAACACAUCCCAGUACAACAAAGACGGAGUGGAUGAAAAGCUGUAUCCCUCAAGGCGACAAAGAAAAAGAAGUGUGGCCACAGUCAGACUACCGGAGCAGGUACCUAGGGGAGCAAACAGAGGGUCCUGUAUUUGCUAAGGGAGACCUGAGUGGAAGACUUACUAUAACAGGAGAUCCAAGGACACAGAAUGGCCAGUUUAUAACUACAGCCAAGACUGAGUUUGUUAACAGAUACUUGCCUAAACAAUCAAUUGACCCCUCUUACCUGGCUGGAGGGUCUAACAUACCACAGGGUGACCAAGAAAAGUGUAACGACAAGAUUUCUACACAACAGCAUUCAUUUCGUCCAAUUAAAACCACCAGUAGCUUUUCACCAUUCGACAAAGAAGAAGCAGUAAAAAGGUUGAGACAGACCACGUUUAAGCUUGGAGACCAGAGAAGUCCUGGUCAUCUUCAAACAACUGCUUCAGAGUCCUACCCAUACCCAACUAUGGAGAGUCGUAGUGAAGCAGCAAAUGUAAACAUGGGACAAAGUUCUUUCCCAGAAGGUGAUAUGCAUCCUGAGCGCUCUCAUGAACGGAUAACCAGAACAACAAAUAAUAUAUUCUUUGGCAAU